CCCCGAAACCCCCCGGCAGUUAGUGCGGUGUGAGUGCGCGUGUGCUCCUGAGCUCGCCUCGGCACACGUUCUAUAAAAAUAUUAAAAAACAAAAAAAAAUCUAAAAAAGCUUUAAAAACUCUUAAAAAAUUCUACUUUCUUUUUGUAAUAUAAGCGGUGAAGCGGGAGCUGCUCGAUAGAAACACCAGUGACCGUUAGUUCAGAACGACGUGAAAGCUCUGAGGGCCUGACGUUACCAACCGACGUUUCUAGAUCGACUGUCGUUUUUCUGAGGAUUCUCGAUUUAACGACCUGAUCUUAAAAUUCCGGCGUCGUCUUUUUCAACUCGACGUUUUUAAAAAAAAUUAAUUUGAAUCGGUUUAACCCGUUUUUAAUUCGCCUGUGUGGCUACCUCAGGUCGGUUAGCUUGGUGUGCUAACGGCAGCUCACGCGACACGUUCGGUUUGAAUUUAAAUCCCACGUGCACGCCUGUCAGCCGGUGCGCGCGCCCGCGCCCGAGCGGCGGUACAGAUCCCCAGAGGAGGAGGAGAAGCAGAAGCGGGUAGAGAUGAACCCCAGCGCUCCCAGUUACCCCAUGGCCUCCCUGUAUGUGGGCGACCUGCACUCCGAUGUGACCGAGGCCAUGCUGUAUGAGAAGUUCAGCCCUGCCGGCGCCAUCCUGUCCAUCCGGGUGUGCAGGGACAUGAUCACCCGGCGCUCCCUCGGAUACGCCUAUGUGAACUUCCAGCAACCUGCAGACGCUGAGCGUGCGUUGGACACCAUGAAUUUUGACGUGAUUAAAGGCCGGCCCGUGCGCAUCAUGUGGUCUCAGCGUGACCCCUCUCUUAGGAAAAGUGGCGUCGGCAACAUCUUCAUCAAGAACCUGGAUAAAUCCAUCGACAACAAGGCCCUGUAUGACACCUUCUCGGCUUUUGGCAACAUCCUGUCCUGUAAGGUGGUUUGUGAUGAGAACGGCUCGAAGGGUUACGGCUUUGUGCACUUCGAGACCCAGGAGGCGGCUGAAAGGGCCAUCGAAAAAAUGAACGGCAUGUUGCUCAACGACAGGAAAGUGUUCGUCGGCCGAUUCAAGUCUCGCAAAGAGCGCGAGGCCGAGCUCGGCGCAAGAGCCAAGGAAUUCACCAACGUGUACAUCAAGAACUUCGGCGAGGACAUGGACGACGAGAAGCUGAAGGAUGUCUUUAGUAAAUAUGGCACGGCGAUGAGCAUCCGGGUCAUGACCGACGACGGCGGCAAAUCCAGAGGUUUCGGUUUCGUCAGUUUUGAGAGGCACGAGGACGCGCAGAAGGCGGUGGAUGAGAUGAACGGCAAGGAGCUGAACGGAAAGCUCGUCUACGUGGGCCGCGCGCAGAAGAAAGUGGAGCGUCAGACCGAGCUCAAGCGCAAGUUCGAGCAGAUGAAGCAGGACCGCAUGACCCGCUACCAGGGCGUCAACCUUUACGUGAAAAAUCUGGAUGAUGGCAUCGACGACGAGCGCCUGCGCAAGGAGUUCUCUCCCUUCGGAACGAUCACCAGCGCAAAGGUCAUGAUGGACGGCGGGCGCAGCAAAGGGUUCGGCUUCGUCUGCUUCUCCUCUCCCGAGGAGGCCACCAAGGCGGUGACGGAGAUGAACGGGCGCAUCGUCGCCACCAAACCCCUCUACGUGGCUCUCGCUCAGCGUAAAGAGGAGCGCCAGGCUCAUCUCACCAACCAGUACAUGCAGAGGAUGGCGAGUGUCCGUGCUGUGCCGAAUCCAGUCAUUAAUCCCUACCAGCCUGCCCCGCCCUCUGGGUAUUUCAUGGCUGCCAUUCCUCAGGCUCAGAACAGAGCUGCGUAUUACCCCACCAGCCAGCUCGCACAGCUCCGACCCAGUCCGCGAUGGGCCGCCCAGGGUGUCCGACCUCAGCACUUCCAGAACAUGCCAACCACCAUGAGACCUUCUGCUCCAAGGCCACAGACCUAUGGUUCCAUGAGACCUGCUUCCCAGGUUCCUCGUGUGAUGUCCGCUCAACGUGUUGCUGCGCAGACGGUGGGUCCACGACCUGCAACUGCUGCUCCAUCUACCGCCCCAGUGCGCGCCGUUCCACAGUACAAGUACACGCCCACCGUGCGCAACCCUCAGCAGCAUAUAACCAACCAGCCGCAGGUCUCGAUGCAACAGCCUGCUGUGCACGUGCAAGGUCAGGAGCCUCUGACGGCUUCCAUGCUUGCUGCAGCUCUACCACAGGAGCAGAAGCAGAUGCUGGGUGAGCGUCUGUUCCCUCUGAUCCAGAACAUGCACCCCACUCUGGCGGGUAAGAUCACCGGCAUGCUGCUGGAGAUCGACAACUCGGAGCUGCUGCACAUGCUGGAGUCUCCCGAGUCCCUGCGCUCCAAGGUGGACGAGGCCGUGGCUGUGCUCCAGGCUCACCAGGCUAAAGAAGCCGCUCAGAAAAACGUGACCAACUCUGCUGGAGUUCCAAGCGGCUAAGCUGAUGGCCGCCAAUCUUUCAACCAUGCUUCACCGAGGGGGAUAAAAAAAAAUACUAAACAUUGAAAAAGAAAAAAACGCUGCAAAAAAGAUGGAAGAAACAGUAUUUUAAAGGAAACGAGAGAAACUAGAUUCUGCCAGGUCUAGAGAAGACGAGGCUAGACCUAGUUCAUCAUAUAUAAGAAAAAUACAGGAAAAAAAAGAAAAAUGAAAAACUAAAAAAUGGAAAAUUUAAGGUUUUAAGGAGAUUUGCACAGAACUGAGAGGAAAUGACGCCUCGACCAUUCCUUUAUUUUAUUCCGUUUACUCCGUGUCUGCUGAGUUUGGUUCCGUGAGGCGAGGUGAGGACCGACUACAGAGGCAAUAUGUAAUUCUAAUUGUAAUUGAAUUUAUGCUUGCUCAAAUAAAGUAAUUAAAAAUC